AUUCGGGAUUAUUGUGAUGUAGUGAUACAGUGGUCUUUGUCUAACACUUGACUGUUUUUUUUAACAUUACUUAUUUUAUUUUUUGCUUCCAAAAGUGACACAAGUGCAGCUCCGAAGCUUGUUUCCAAUGACCGAUCAGUUUAAUUAUCAGUAUUGAGGAUAUUUCUUGAAACUAUAGCAAACAAUAAAAUGUAAAAGAUUCUACUGUACAAAUGAUAAAAAUCUCAAGACAAAACAAAACAAUAAAAAAAUAAAAUCAUAACAAAUCUCGAAAUAUAUGAAAUAUUUGGACGUAGAUGUAAAAUUCCAGGUCAUUCCAAGUACCAGGCUGGCUUGGUGUCCAAGGGUCCUUUGGUGGGAGAACAACGUCCAAAUAAAGUAGUAAAAAAAAUCUUAAAAAUUAGCGAUGAAUGAAGAUUCAGCGAAUAUGAGGGCUUUACAUAUCAGAGGCAUUGGAUUUUGCUGAAACGUGUGAGGUUAACCUCGAAUAACACUAUCUUUAGAAGACUUAUUUAUUUUCUGUAAUUCCAACCAGACGUUUCGUUAAAAGUUGAUCUUAAGGAAAAUGGGAUUUGACGUUAAUAGAUUCCAAGGAGAAGUUGAUGAAGAAUUAAUUUGUCCAAUAUGUUCCUGUGUACUUGAAGAUCCUGUUCAGGUGAGUGAUGUGUUGCAGGCAGCAGUAUGUGAGCAUGCAUUUUGUCGUGUCUGCAUAAACGAGUGGAUAGGAAGGCAGCCAACGUGUCCGCUGGACAGGACACCAAUAACACCAGCGCAGCUGAGACCAGUACCACGAAUUCUGAGGAACCUCUUGGCGCGACUGUGUAUCAAUUGCGACAACAUGGUGUACGGGUGUCAGGCAGUAAUAAAGCUGGACAGCUUAGUGACACAUCUUGAAGAAUGCGAGUUCAACCCCAAGAGACCUGUACCCUGUGAACAGGGUUGUAGCCUAAUCGUGCCUAAAGACGAGCUCAAGAAUCACAACUGCGUGCGUGAGCUGCGUAGCCUAAUUCAAUCCCAGCAUCAGAAACUCAGCGACAUGAAGCGCGAGUUGAGUGAGCAGCAAUUUCAGAUGAACGAGCAGAGACGUGAGAUAAAUUUACUUAAGGAUUUUAUGCGAGCUAUGAGAGUUUCUAAUCCAGCUAUGCGGGCUAUUGCCGACCAAAUGGAGCGCGAUGAAGUUGUCAAAUGGUCUGCUACUCUUCCACGUGCUCGGGUUACUAGAUGGGGUGGUAUGAUAUCUACUCCAGAUGAACUUUUACAGACAAUGAUCAAAAGAACGUUAUCAGAGUACAACUGUCCGCCACAUGUAAUUGACGAGCUGAUGGAAAAUUGUCACGAGCGAAAGUGGCCACCAGGCUUGAGCUCGUUGGAGACGCGACAAAACUCCAGACGUCAGUACGAGAAUUAUGUCUGCAAGCGAGUGCCGGGUAAACAAGCCGUACUAGUACUUUAUUGUGACAACACGCACAUGCCAGAGGAUAUGAUGGUUGAGCCAGGAUUAGUUAUGAUUUUUGCUCACGGCAUCGAGUAAAAAUUAAUUAAUUUAAUAGUUAAUAUAAACAAAGACAUUUUUCCAAGUGAAUUAAAAUAAUUUAAUAUAAGAGUCAUUAUCAUAAGGCAACUGUAAAUUGUUUGAUUACACAAAGCGAUAUUUUAUAAUCAUUCAAUUUAGUUUUUUAACUUAUUAUUUAGUAAUAAUCUCGUACUAUCGGCAGUUAAUUAAACCAUUUAUAUUUUUGAGUACUUUAGGAUUUUAAAUUAGUUACAAAGACU